AAAAGCCAACAAAAGAUGAAUUGGUUGAGUUAUUCAGCAGCUCAAAGUUUGCUGCUGGUACUUGGGAACAGUUUGUUUGUUAUCUUCCUAACAUGACACAAGAUACUGUUAGUAGCAUUAAACAUAGAGUGGAGGAAUUCUGUGCUAUUCAACCUAAUCCUAUCGAUUACAUGAGUGCUGUAGCUCAACACUAUUUUGAUAACAAUGCUGAUAUAAUAACAUGGAAAAGCAUCACUGUUGCACUGUUGAAUGCUGAUGAAAUUGAUUUAGCUCAUCAAAUAUUUGAUAAGCACUCAGAAAGUAGUAAAAAGGCUUGCAAGACUACUGUGAAGAGUGUAAUGAGAGCUCAUUAUUACAAGCUAAAAGAAGUUACAGAGAAUUGUCUGCAAAAAGUAGCUGAUAAAUUGUAUAGCAAGGGCUUAAUAAAUCGUGAAGUUCGAAGGAUGCCUACAUUUAAUAAAAUUGAUAUUGAAUUCUCUGCAUUGAUUUCUCUGCACACUGAUCAUGACAACAUAUCAGAGUUAGAAAAAAUUUGUAGCUCAUUCUUAUCUUGUAUUGCAAGUGUCGGUGGUCCAGCUAAAGAGGAGGCCAUUGCACUAGCAAGAGACUGGAAAAAUAGAAUAUUCAAAAAUCAUCAAAUAUUGUUCUCCCUCACAGAAUUUGUUCCAAAAGAAAUACAAUUUAGCUCAAAUAAUACGUUAGCAGUUGAACUUAAAAGCCUACCAAAAAAAUAUGCAAAGCUGGUGACUGAUAUUACUACAUAUUAUGCUUCCAGUGGAAAACAUGAUGCUAUCGUUAUUGCUCGAUGGGUUCAAGUUACUUUUGAUGAAACUGGUUUAGCACGUGAUCAUGUAACUGUUGAUGAAAUAUUUGAGCGAAUUCAACCUCAUCACAGUUUUAUUGAUAUUGAUGCAUUGAUUGAUCUUGUAGAAGCUUAUCCUAUUGACAAUUCUGCAUUACAGACUAGGUUUGCUGAAUAUAAUGAUAUCAUUGGUGAAUUUAUUGAUUCAGCAAAAAUCAAUGAUAUUAUUACUACUAUUGAAGCUGAAAUUAGUGCUGGGGAAAGUAUCAGUCCUAAAAUCAUUCUCAAACUUUCUGGAAAAUGGAAUGAUAAAACCAUUGGCCACCUUCGCAAGCUAAUGAAAUAUUUAUUUGAUGAGGAAGAAAAAUAUAUUAUCAUAAGGAAGUUUUUACAAGGAUCAAUUUGCAUAUCAUUUUCCACAAGAUCGGUUGUUUAUAAAUCUCUCAUUGUGAAGUCAGAAGCUAAAUUACACUUCUUACAUCUUCUUGGUAUAUUUCAACUAUACAUUGACAAUCAAACUAUCAUUGACAUAGAAGAAGAUAUUAGCUUCACAUUUGAAGAUUCACUUCUAAAAUCUCUUGCAAGUAUUGAAAGUAAUCUAGAGUACUACAAAAUCUCAUUACUUUUGAUAGAACUUCAAUUAAAACUAAAUUAUCAAAACACAGAAGGCCAGACUGCACUGAUGCUAGCUAGCGAAGGUGGACAUAUUGAAGUUUUAAAAUCGCUUUUACAAAAUGGUGCUGAUCCUUUUAUACAAUUUCCAGAUAAUAAAGGGUACAUUGGAUUGAACAGUUUAGCAUGCACUGCUCUCUCUCAGCAUAUAUUCAAAUCAAUUGGAGGAGAAAAAAUAAUCGGACACGCCCCCAAAUAA